AUGCCAGGAGAGCAGCCUGAGGUCUGCAUUCAGCUGGCAGAGCCCAGCACCAACGGUGUGCCCAGCCCUGGGCAGCGCCCUGGGGGCAGUGUGCUGACCUUCCACAACAUCUGCUACCGAGUGAAGGUGAAGACUGGGCUGCUGUGCUGCAGGAAAACAGCCACCAAAGAGGUCCUGAGGGAUGUCAAUGGCAUCAUGAGGCCAGGACUGAAUGCAAUCUUGGGACCCACUGGCAGUGGCAAAUCCUCGCUGCUGGACAUUCUAGCUGCCAGGAAGGAUCCCCAUGGGCUCUCUGGGGACAUCCUGAUCAAUGGAGCUCCUCAGCCUGCCAACUUUAAAUGCACCUCUGGAUAUGUGGUACAGGAUGAUGUGGUGAUGGGAACCCUGACUGUGAGAGAAAACCUCAAGUUCUCGGCAGCCCUGCGCUUGCCCAAGUCUGUGAGGGAGAAGGAGAAGAAUGAAAGAGUUAAUCAGAUCAUCAGGGAGCUGGGCCUGAGCAAGGUUGCAGAUUCCAAGGUUGGUACCCAGUUCACUCGUGGGGUGUCUGGAGGGGAGAGGAAAAGGACCAACAUUGGGAUGGAGCUGAUCACAGACCCUGCCAUCCUCUUCCUGGAUGAGCCAACCACUGGGCUGGAUGCCAGCACUGCCAAUGCUGUCCUGCUGCUGCUCAAGAGGAUGGCACAGCAGGGCAGGACCAUCAUCUUCUCCAUCCACCAGCCUCGCUACUCCAUCUUCAAGCUCUUUGACAACCUGACCCUGCUGGCUGCAGGCAGGCUCCUGUUCCAUGGCCCAGCUCAGCAGGCCCUCAGCUACUUCCAGGACAUUGGCUACCAGUGUGAGGAACACAACAACCCUGCUGACUUCUUCCUGGAUGUCAUCAAUGGAGACUCCACAGCAGUGACCACGGCCAAGGGCCAUGGAGCUGAGCCAGCAGAGAGCACGGAAGCCCAGGCUGAGCAGGGCAGCAGCUUGGCCCAGAAGCUGGCAGAGCAAUUCUGCAGCUCUGCCUACUACCAAGAGACCAAAGCAGCCCUGGAGAAGAUUCCCUUGGGCAGGCAGAAGCAGCCCAGGGCAGUGUUCAGACACAUCACCUACACCAACUCCUUCCUUCACCAGCUGCAGUGGGUGUCCCGCCGCACCUUCAAGAACCUGCUGGGCAACCCCCAGGCUUCCAUAGCUCAGGUGUGUGUCACAGCUGUCCUGGGGCUCAUCGUUGGUGCCAUCUUCUUUGGGCUCAAGGAGGACUCCACUGGACUCCAGAACAGGGUGGGGGCCAUGUUCUUCCUGACCACCAACCAAUGCUUCAGCAGUGUCUCAGCCAUGGAGCUCUUCGUGGUGGAGAAGAAGAUCUUCAUCCAUGAAUCCAUCAGUGGUUACUACAGGACCUCUGUCUACUUCCUCUCCAAGCUGAUGGCUGAUCUGAUCCCCAUCAGGACUGUGCCAAGCAUCCUCUUCACCUGCAUCACUUACUUCAUGUUAGGCCUGAAGCCCACCCCAGGAGCCUUCUUCAUCAUGAUGUUCACCCUGCUGAUGGUCUCCUACACAGCCACUGCCCUGGCCCUGGCCAUUGCCACAGGGCAGAGUGUGGUGGCUGUGGCAAACCUCCUGAUCACUGUGGCCUUUGUGUUCAUGAUUAUUUUCUCUGGGCUGUUGGUCAACCUCACCAGUGUCCUGUCCUGGCUCUCCUGGCUGAAGUACUUCAGCAUCCCUCGCUAUGGCAUGGCAGCUCUGCAAAUCAAUGAGCUGAGUGGUCUGAAUUUCUGUGACCAAAGCAAUGCCACAGACCUGGCUGGCAACACCAGCUGCCCCCAGACCACCCAGAUGGGGUGCACUGGAGAUGACUACCUGAGGAGCCAAGGCAUCGAGGUGAGCCCCUGGGGGCUGUGGCAGAACCACCUGGCCCUGGCCUGCAUGACUCUGAUCCUGCUCACCAUUGCCUACCUCAAGCUGCACUUCAUGAAGAAGUUCUCCUGA